GUGAAGCAAUUGAUUUGGCUGUUGUUCUGUUCGUAUGGUUCCAUCUGACAAUGGGCCUCUGGCACCCCUCCUUCAAGAGACACAAUGGAGCCUCGUCACGGUAUUAUGAAAGCCUUUCCCAAAGUUAAAAGAGCCCGAGUGUUACAGGGAAAGGAUGCUCCCCCAGUGAAGAAGAAACCUGAAGAACAUGAUGUCAAAGGAAACAGUUUUAAAGGCGUCACAGUGUACAUUCUGCCUGCUGGAAUAGGAAAUGCCAGAUGCCAGAUCUUUGAAAGGCAAAUUGAGCAGAAUGGAGGACAGACAGAGAGAGCGCUGUCUCCCGGUGUCACCCAUGUUGUUGUGGAUGACAGCAUGGACAGUGACAGGGCGUUGCGAUUACUUAAAGUGGAUUGUAUGCCCUCUGGAGUCCAACUGGUGAAAUGCAUUUGGUUGAGCUCGUGCAUCACUCAGAAACAACUGCUGGAUGUUGACAGCUACAGCCUUCUUUUACCCAAGAGGCAAUCUGAAACAAAGAAUGAAAACAUUGAAGAAGAGCUGCCAGAUGUCCAGCCGACUGCAAACGCUAUUGUUGAGCCAACGUCUGAUCACAGCAAGCAAGAGGAGACCUUAGACAUGGCAGUCCUAGGCACUCAAGAGGAAGUGCGCGGAGAAGAAGACGGGGUCUCUCAGAGUGACCUGGAAGCUCUUAUCACUGGUCAGACCCCCCAAGAGGAGACUCCUGGCCCCAGCCUGGAGCCCGCUACAGACUCUGCUGCUCAGAGCGUCGUCCCAGGGAAGUGGGUCUGUGCCCAGUCUUCUCAGUCCAAAAGUAAUAACUUCAACAAGGACAUCACGGACAAACUGGAAGUGCUGGCCAAGGCCUACACUCACCAGGGGGACAAGUGGAGGGCACUGAGCUACUCCAAGGCUGUCAACGCUCUGAAGAGUUACCACAAGCCCAUAACAUCCCAUCAGGAGGCUUGCCAGAUCCAAGGAAUUGGAAAACGCAUGGCCGACAAAAUCGAUGAGAUCAUGGAAAGCGGUCACCUGCGGAAGCUAGACCACCUCGGGGAUGCUGUGCCAGUGUUGGAGCUUUUUACUAACAUCUGGGGUGCAGGGACUAAAACUGCACAGCUGUGGUACCAACUGGGAUUUCGCACACUGGUGGACAUCCGCACAAAAGCCCACCUGAGCACCACUCAGAAAAUAGGACUCAAGCACUACGAUGAUUUUCUGGACCGAAUGCCCAGAGAAGAAGCAGCUGCCAUAGAGAAAGUGGUGAAGGAUGCUGUCCAUGCAGUAGACCCAGGCCUGUUAUCGAUGGCGUGUGGCUCCUACCGUCGGGGAAAAGCCACGUGUGGAGAUGUUGACGUACUUAUAACUCACCCUGAUGGCAAAUCUCACAAAGGGGUUUUCAGCAAACUGUUGCAGAGCCUCCGUGACAGUGGGUUUUUGACGGACGACCUGGUGAGCCACGAGGACAACGGAGAGCAGAAGAAGUACAUGGGCGUGUGCCGUUUGCCAGACCACCGCCAUCGCAGGCUGGACAUCAUCGUCGUGCCCUACAACGAGUUUGCGUGUGCUAUCAUGUAUUUCACCGGGUCGGCACACUUCAACCGCUCAAUGAGAGCCAUGGCAAAGACAAAAAGAAUGAGCUUAUCGGAACACUCGCUGAACAAAGAUGUGGUGCGUCAGGGUAGCUUAAAGGUGUUUGGCGGCACUCCGUUCACUACAAAGACAGAGAAGGAUGUUUUUAGUAUUUUAGGCAUACCAUACAGAGAGCCCCAUGAAAGGGACUGGUGAGGUUUCCCCAAUCACACUGUUUUGUCUGUUUUUAAAGAAUAAUCAUGAUGAUGAAUGAUGACAAACUGCAAUUAUGGCCAAACAACUAUUUUUAAGAAUGUUUUACUGCUGAACUUAUCAUGCAUGAGCCCUGUUUUACUUAAAUACCAUUUUAUUCUACAAUUGAAUUGAUACGUACCAUUUAAUCAUAAGAACUACCUUUUUUCUUACACUCAACCCUAAUUGUAUCUUUUCUUCCAGAUUGUUUAAGGGAUGUGUACCAAAGUUUUGAGAUAUCCAUCUCUGAAACUCCUACUGACACGCCAUUACAAACAAAUAUUGGGAAUUUUGCUGUAGGGUCCAGAAAAAGUCCAAAAUAUUUUUAAUUGUAUUCUUAAGGAAGGUUUCUUACGUGUAUUAUUCACAGUGUAGAAGGUAGCUGAAUUAAGCUGACUAAACAGGAACACUAUGAAAAAUAAAUGUUGCUUUGAAGUUUAAUCAAUGUUAAAUUGUAAAACUUCUAUUAUUCAAGGCUGACAUCAAAGGUUUUAAAGGUGAAUAUAUAAGCAAUUCAACAGGUUAAUCAAAAAGCUGUGUGCAGGCCUGGAUACAACUUGAGGUGAAUAUAAAUGUAUAUAUAUAUGAUUUUGCAAGUUGAUUAAAUGUGUCUUUUAAAGUCA